AUGGAAAGUGCCCACAUCACUCGGUCGAGCUCAACAUCUGGUGGAGCCGAACCUCGCUAUCGCGUACUUGUCGGACCGUGUUUAGGAGAUAAUGACGGUCUCUUCAAUCUCCAAACCCAACGCCUUGGACAGCUUCUGCGAGAAUUGGCCUUGGGCUCAGAUUUCACCUCAUCGUACGAUAACGAACGAGAUUUCAUCCUUCUAGUCAGGGAAGUCGGCGAACAAUACCAGAAGGCAAUAGAUUUCUGUUGUAAGAGACCUCCUCCGGGCUCUGCCCUCAGCCUCAGGACACGCAAGGAGUAUGACAACUAUUACACCGGAAUACUAGCAGACUUCUUUGAACAUGUCGUGUUGCCCCUCGCUCGACUGCACCAGUCCAAUGUAUCAUCGGUGCCUUGGAAUCCUGAACAAGAUGACGCAUUGACUUUCCUUCCUACAACAUUCACGGAUCGUCCCCCUCGGCCAUUGGGAGGUCAGGUUCCUGAGCUAUCCUCGUCUGAUCCAGUACCCAAUACUUUCUUGGGCUCUCUGACGACAACACUCAGAGCAAUGAGCACCAAGAGAGCCUCGAGACUCGGUGGCAUGGGAAAAUCCGACGUCAUCGUCUACUAUGUGUCGACGAAGAAGUUCGCGAAACUGCCGCGAGCGGAUGUCCCAGAUCACGCCCAUGAACUCAUGUUGUCCGGGAAAAGCAUGAAAUAUCGUGUCAAUGUACGCCCAGUCGAUGCUGCCGAGGCCCAGCCCUUGGUAACGGUUGACUUUGGACGGUUCGGUUUGCGGACGAUGCUCAAGCGACGUUCUGGAAAAAUCGAUCGCCUAUUUAUAGUGGAUGACUUAUUCCAGGACAAGGCAAUCUGGGAUAUUGCGGAAGAACUGGAGGCUGGGCUUCUUAAACACGAUGCUGAAACCGAGUCCGAGCAGUUUGAGAAUGGGAACCACUGA